CACGAAGCUCCGGAACUUUUGCCGUCCAUGCGUGCUGCGCGUGUCUCCCUGCGUGUACGCGGAUGUGUGCAUAUAGAUGUGACACCUACGGAAUCGAGCGCGCGCGUGUGCUCGUGCACGCCUAGUGGAGCCUCUGUACAUGUACCAUAGGCUGGUGCGUGCGUCGCCCAUUGAUGUUGUUUUGACACAGGUGACGUAGAGGCUGACGCGCCUCAGCGAUGAGAUAACCAGACCGGCUCUGCGUGAAUAAAUAACACGCCCGUGUGUGCACGCGCGUGUCUCAAUGACGGGCACGGGGGAAUUUCUGAGCUGCGCACUCGAGAUUUUUCUCGAAAAAGCGACCGAGGCGGAGUGAAGCAGGAGGCGCAGCGCAGUUUGCUCCGUCUCUGGUUUGUUUCUGCAGCGAUCAGCUGCUUGAAUCCAGCUCUGCGCGUGUGCGUGUCCAACACGGUUACGCACGUCGACGUCCGCCGCGUGCGACGUAACUUCGAAACGAUAAGAGGCGCACGCGAGAAUAGAGUUAAAGUCCAAGCCGUGAUAGAAGGCGCGUGGAGCAGGUCACUUCAGUGUGAGUUCAAAGGUCAUCAGCCGCAGCGUCAGAAUGAGAGCACACACUGGGAUCAGAGCGACGACGCACACGGCGCAGGCCUCGCUGUCCGCCGGUGACCUUUGACCCUUCGUGAAUAAAAAGCAUGGCUGGGACCGAGCAGGAAACACCGCGUGUUGCUCUCUGGGCUUUAAACCAACGUGUCUAAUUGAGCUCGGACUUCACGGACUUGGUGGCGCCUGAGUUUCUUUGCGUCGAUGCGACAACCAUUUUCCAGAGCGUUUAAGUGAAGGAUGGAGCAGGACUUCACACAGUAGCGUCCACUAGCUCGUCGCGUCCAACCAGCAGACACUUCUAUGCAUUUAGCCCCUCGUGGCCCAUUCUCCGCUCCUUCUCCUGGUCAGCGAGCGUAGUCUCCUUUGUGAAGGCGGCGCUAACUGUCGGACUCGGGCCAUGGCUGCUGCAGGACGGAAACACUUGGUGCGAGACUUCAACCACUUCAUCACCUGCUACCUGUGUCGCGGGUACCUGAUCAAACCCACCACGGUCACGGAGUGUCUGCACACCUUCUGUAAGAGCUGCAUUGUGCAGCAUUUUGAAGAGAGCAACGAUUGUCCCAAAUGCGGCAUUCAGGUCCAUGAGACGAACCCGCUGGAGAUGCUGCGGCUGGACAACACCCUGGAGGAGAUCAUCUUCAAGCUCGUGCCUGGACUCAGAGAAAAAGAGGAACAGCAAGAGAUCGACUUCUGGAAGAGGAACCAGCCCAAAGAAAACGGCCAAACUGAGAACCUGAGGUGUCCGAGGUUCGGGCUGCCCGACGCCGGAGCCGACGGCGCCGACGGCGACGACGACUACCACCGGAGCGACCCUCAGAUCGCCAUCUGCCUGGACUGCCUGCGCAACACGGGGCAGUCCGGCGAGAGCUCGGUCACGGAUCUGAUGAAGAGGUUCAUCCGCUGCUCCAGCCGCGUCACCGUGGGAACCAUCAAGAAGUUCCUGAGCCUGAAGCUGAAGCUGCCCAGCUCCUAUGAGUUGGAUGUGCUGUGCAACGGGGAGAUCAUGGGCAGAGAUCACACUCUGGAGUUCAUCUACAUGACCCGGUGGAGGCUGCACGGAGACAAUACGUACCCCAUGGUCCUCGAGUACCGGCCACGCAUCGACUUCGGCUGAGCCACGGACGGAGGCCAACACAAACACACACGGAUCUGAGCAACAGUCUCAGACCAUUAGAUUAGUUGUUAAUGUCUCGUCAUUAGAAAACCGGACAAUAUAGAAAAUAUGUUGACAUGAAAAACCACAGACGUGACAACAAAGUUCGUCACCGACAGAUCUGGACCCCGAAGAGUCCGACGAGGCUCCGCCAGGAUCCGCCUGGCCAUGGAAGAAGAGGCCAGAAUCUGAUGGUUGCGCUCCGACUGGACAUAUAUGAACAUCAGCGCCUACAGUCAAUAGACAGAAGAGAGUGAAUUGUAUUUUUGUACAGCCGGUGAUGAAGCGCGUUGUUCUGCUAAAGAGGUUUUAUGCUACAUAGAAGAAUAUGUUCUAAUAUAUGAUAUUUUUAAAUGUAUGUCCCUGUGCCUACGCUCCUGUCGAGAUCAGAAAUGAAGUAUGUGAAACGUU